GGUUUGUUUUGAGAUCUAUCAAAUUAUUCUCUCUACUUUCUUACCACAGAAGGUAUGAGACCGCUUCUCAGACUAGCACUGUCAAGAAGUGGGUAAAGCUCAGCACUUCACCUGCGCUUACGCUGAAAUGACUUGAAAGCUUAGGAUCUAAAUGCUCAUACCAAAGGCCACAUUUUCCCCUUUUGUCAAAUAAACUAUCUCAAGAUUAGAGCUGGAUAAAGGAUUUAAUAGUAAAUGGUGUUAAUCAGGAAAUGUUAAUAUCUGUUUUGUUUUGUUUUGUUUUUAAUAGAAGCACUUAAGUGAGUUGUAGAAGUUAAUGUGAAAGUCUUGCUUGGAAAGCCUUUUCAGCUUCCAGAAGGAGUUUCUGGGUAAAAAACAACCGAACAAAAAACCCAGCAACUCCGAAACACAGAUUUGCUCUUGAAACGGUUGGGAAUCAGGUAGUCAGGGCGCUUGCCUGGAGCUGGAGAGGCUGCACUGAGAGCAAAGAGCCCAACCUGAAUCCCCAAAGCAUCGAAAAGUCUGGCCUAGAGCCUAAUUGCCUUUCUCAGCCGAGACAAAGACUUUAAUCAGGAACUCUUUGAAGGGUCUUUGUUUCAUUCAACUGUACAAUGGUAAUUCUUAAGUUCAUGAAAUAUGUAAAACUAGGAUGGAAAAUUUUCCUAAAAUGAACUGAGAUCAUGAGAAUAAGAGGAUGGGAAUUCCCAGAGACUUGGGAAUUAGGGCAUUAGAUUGAGUUUAUCCAGAUAUUACCUUCUCUCAGGUAAGCCACAGUGAUCUUUCUCAUAGGGCUGGUUGUUUAAAAUGCUGAAAAUAAUCUUAUCUGUUUUAAAGAGUUACUGUAAUCUGUUCAGUGCAUGUAUUAGAGCUGUCCCCUGAGUUCUUAGGACCUGAAUUUAUUACACCAAAUGUUUACGUACAUUUUUGUUGAUACAGUAACAAAGUGUAGCAGCUUCCAAUGUGUGCCACUGAACAGCAUCUGUAAUUACAACCACUUCAGCUUUCUAAAAUUAUUCAGUUUGCCUUUUAUCUCAUUUGUUGUAGAUGCUUCUUUGUCAGUUCAGUACAAGAAGUUAUUAUAUCAUUAAUACAUAUGAGGAGGAUUGCAUUGUAGCGGUAGAGAACAGGGACAUCAUGAUAACGUAUUUUGAACCUUCCAUCUCAUUUGAGGGACUGUGCAAUGAAGUUCGAGACAUGUGCUCCUUUGACAACGAACAGCUUUUCACCAUGAAAUGGAUUGAUGAAGAAGGAGAUCCGUGUACAGUUUCUUCUCAGCUGGAGUUAGAAGAGGCCUUUCGGUUGUAUGAACUAAACAAGGAUUCAGAGCUGCUAAUUCAUGUAUUUCCUUGUGUACCAGAACGUCCCGGCAUGCCUUGCCCAGGAGAAGAUAAAUCCAUUUAUCGCCGAGGCGCCCGCCGGUGGCGAAAGCUCUAUUGUGCAAAUGGUCACACUUUCCAAGCCAAACGAUUUAACAGGAGAGCUCAUUGUGCCAUCUGCACUGACCGAAUAUGGGGCCUGGGUCGCCAGGGAUAUAAAUGCAUCAAUUGCAAACUCCUCGUUCAUAAGAAGUGUCACAAACUUGUCAAUAGAGAAUGUGGUCGUCAUACACUGCAACCAGAACCAAUAAUGCCUAUGGAUCCAUCAUCAGUGCAUCCAGAUAAUGUGGAAUCAGUGAUUCCGUACAAUCCGUCAAGUCACGAGAGCUUGGACCAUGUUGGUGAAGAAAAAGAGGCAAUGAGCAUUAGAGAAAGUGGCAAAGUUUCCUCUAGUCUGGGUCUUCAAGAUUUUGAUUUGCUCCGAGUUAUAGGAAGAGGCAGUUAUGCCAAAGUCCUGCUUGUUCGAUUGAAGAAAACUGAACGCAUUUACGCAAUGAAAGUGGUGAAGAAAGAGCUCGUCAAUGAUGAUGAGGAUAUUGAUUGGGUUCAGACAGAGAAACACGUCUUUGAACAGGCUUCAAAUCAUCCCUUUCUUGUCGGACUACACUCUUGCUUCCAGACAGAAAGCAGGUUAUUUUUUGUUAUAGAGUAUGUAAAUGGAGGUGAUCUAAUGUUUCAUAUGCAGAGACAGAGAAAGCUGCCAGAGGAACAUGCCAGGUUUUAUUCUGCUGAAAUCAGUCUGGCGUUGAACUAUUUACAUGAACGAGGGAUAAUCUACAGAGAUUUAAAACUGGAUAAUGUGCUACUAGAUUCUGAAGGGCAUAUUAAACUCACAGAUUAUGGCAUGUGCAAGGAGGGCCUGAGGCCUGGUGACACAACAAGCACGUUCUGUGGGACUCCAAAUUAUAUUGCACCUGAAAUUCUCCGGGGAGAGGAUUAUGGCUUCAGUGUAGACUGGUGGGCACUUGGUGUACUUAUGUUUGAAAUGAUGGCGGGCCGGUCACCAUUUGAUAUAGUUGGGAGUUCUGACAAUCCUGAUCAGAACACAGAAGAUUAUCUUUUCCAAGUAAUCUUGGAAAAACAAAUCCGAAUUCCCCGAUCCCUUUCUGUUAAAGCAGCAGGUGUUCUAAAGAGUUUCCUCAAUAAGGAUCCAAAGGAACGUUUAGGCUGCCAUCCUCAAACAGGAUUUGCAGAUAUCCAGGGGCAUCCGUUCUUUCGCAAUGUUGAUUGGGAUCUGAUGGAGCAAAAGCAAGUGGUGCCUCCAUUUAAACCAAAUAUAUCUGGAGAAUUUGGUCUGGAUAACUUUGAUUCCCAAUUCACCAAUGAACCUGUGCAGCUCACUCCAGACGAUGAUGAUAUUGUGAAGAAGAUUGACCAGUCUGAAUUUGAAGGCUUUGAAUACAUAAAUCCUCUUUUGAUGUCAGCUGAGGAAUGUGUCUGAAUUCUCCAUUUCUGGACUGUGCCAAUUGUUACUCUGUUUCUGCACGGAUAAACAUCUCUUCGUUUGGAUGCACUUGCAUAAAAUGAGUAACUGAACAUGUUGCCCUUGCCACCUAGUGUGAAAUACUCAACUAAUUUUCUGUUUGUAUUGUCAUCCAGGACUGUUGUUACGCUGAACCUUUUGCUGCCAGAUUUAAAACUUUAAACUUCCCAACAGUUUUGCCAAACUUUAAUUUUAAUAUAGAAGUUGGUCUGCGGGGCUCCUGACUGAACAAGGGGGUCUGGCUGUAUAACCUGCCAAUACAGCGUUCUGAUAAAGGAAAGUUCUCUUAUUUCUUUAAGAAUAAAAGUUGCGUUAGGGGAUGUAACAAAAUGUAAUUAAAGGACUUGUAUUUUUCCAGCAAGACAAGUAAGACCUUAUGACUUCUGUAGUUGUAAAUCUCUUCUCUCUAAACAUCUGGUUUGCCUCUCCUCCUAGACUUAGAGCUCUGUUAUUGCCCUCCAGAUUGACAUGACAGCACGGAGAGCAGAUUUUGAAACCAAACAGGGCAAGAGUGGCUGCUUUCACAGGGAAUAUUGAUCUUAUCCUAAAAGAGAUGAUUCACUUAAGAUUAGAAUCAGUAGAUUUUGGUACAAAAUGAUACACUAGGAAUUGUAGGCUGAUCCAUAGAGUGCCUUUCUGAGCCUGCCCCUUUCAGUGAGGGUUCUACACAGUAUAAGGUGUCAGUCUAAAUAAAUGGAAUUCAAUUAAUACUUUAAAAAGUGUAAAUCUGUAGAGUGUAAUUUAGCAGCAAUGGGUGGCUGAUGUUGAUGGAUGCAGAACCUUGUACUAUUAUUUAUUGCUUUUAUACUUAUGUCUUAACUGUAUCAGAACUGCAUAUGUUACAGCUAUGGCCUACAUAAGGGCAUUUUUUUUUUCUUUCUUUUUAGUUUUUUUUUAAUCUUAUUGCCAUGCUGUUGAAAGUGUAUUCCACUUUGCCAGUGGAAAAAGCACAUGUAGAAAAAAAUAGGUGCUAUUCACAAUGACUCCCUUAACUUCUCCACUUAGAUGGUGAUUUGUAAUAACAGUCAGACCCUAAAUGUUGGUAGUAGACUGAAAGUUAAUAGUAACACAAUUGGAAUAGAUCAAGAAAACGGUUCAAACUAGGACUUCUGGGAGGUGUGAUUCUUACAUUUCAUGUUAGUACACAGUGUAAUACACAGCACAGAUAAUUCUUUUUUUUUUAAUGUUUAAGGAAUAGUUUUGAAUGUCUUAGGCUGAAAAAUGCCAAAUGUACCACUUUUUUAUUUUAGGGAAAAGGGAUUAAAAGACAUUGAAGAAAAAGAUCUGUGUUAGUUAACUAAGAGCUGUAAGGCAAGCUGAGUGUUUCUGAAAGCAUAUCUAAGUAUCUGUAAGCACAAGAUAGAAAACCUUAUCUGAAGCUUUUAAUAAAAAUUCUGCUUGGUCAGUGUCUCUCCUUGAAAAUCCUUGUCUGGUGACACUGUACAUUCAUAGCACAAAUCUUCCAGUGUUUGUUUUUCACUUACAUGUUAUUUUCAAGGAGAGAGAUUGCACAAAUAGGCAGUACUGUCAUGGUCUGGGAUUUAAUUCCUUUUUUUUUUUAAUGCAACACGAAUAGGAAACUCUUAAGUACUGAGCUGAGUUUUCAAAACUGGGAAGUGAUUAGAGGGGCCUCAGUUUCAGGAAAUGUUUGAACCUCCACAAUGUUAAAAAUCAGGUUCUCUUAAAAUCAAGUUGUAUAAAAUAUAAGAGUGAACCUAUUUUUGAAGAGCAGCUAAUAACUUCAGCAUGUUUAGUUUGUGUCAAGUGAACUGCUUACAUGCAGUUUGAAACGUGAUUAAUUGUUAAGUCAUUGACUUAAACACCCGCAUGAUUAGACAUCAGGACUUCAUUGAUAUUAAACUUGGAAGUUACUUAAACAAUCAAUAAAAGCCUUGUCUCUACAGUGACUUAAUUUCAUAUGGGGUAUUAAGCAAAAUGGCUUUAUGUAAGGAACGACAUUUCUGCUGUUCAUCACAGAAGAGUAAUGGAGUAAAACACUGUCUUUUGUGCUUAAAGCAAUUUUUUUUUAUAUAGAUAAUGUCACAGAAAAGAUACUUUUUCUAUUUACGUAUCUAACCAUUAAGAAUGUUGCUAAGUGACAAACAUCUUAAAUGACUGUAAAUCUAUUUUUAAACUUUCAUUUUCUCCAAAGUGCCAUGAUAUUAACAGUUAUUUUUCUUUGUGUCAUAAAUAUUCAGAAGGGACAUUGGGUGUACAGUCCAGUGCAGUAGGCUUUGUCUUCUGGAGAAUAUGUCUGCAACAGAAGCAUGGUGUGUUUAUGUGGAGUAACCUCCUUUGCGUAUACGAGUUGGAUUCUUAUGGGUGCUCUGCUAGUUAAUAUUGUCACUACUAUUUUCCUGUUUCAUAUGGAAUAUGGUCUUGAACGUUGUUGUGUAAUCAUUCCCUUUAUUUGUGCACAAUUUUUACUUUAAAUAAAACAUUUCUAUUAGG